AUGGCGAACUCGAAAGAGAACACUCCCACCGGGAGCCCGUCUCCCUCAGAAGAAAACUUAAGCGACAGUCUACCAGGCACGAUAGACAAGUCGCUACCCGCUGAAGGUAGGGACAAGCCUGUCCCUACAAGAAACCCAUCUUUCUCGCCACAGAGAUCCGUCUCGCCGCGAAGAUCGACUUCGCCGCAACGAUCUCCUCCGCCAAGAAAGGACGAGAGCCCCCUCCGUCCGCACCACGCCGCUCGAGAAAAUCUUCCUCGAGCGACAAACCCCGCAGCUCGAAGAAAUCCUCCUCGAGCGAGAAGAUCCUCAAACUCAUGGAGAAUCUCGUCAAGCCACUCGCCGACGGUUUCGAGUCAAUGCGAGCACAGCAGAAAAAGACUCAGGAACAGGUGGAAGCCCUAG